AUGUUUCAUUGGUCGCCCAACACUGUCACCGACUGGUUUCGUUUCGCCCAGCAGCUGAUCGGUGAAGUCGUCCUUGAGACGAUGGAGAACUACCAGAUAGGUGGCAUUGGUGUAGAAGUCGAGAUUGAUGAGUCCAAAUUUGGCAAAAGGAAGUACCAUCGCGGUCAUAGGGUUGAUGGUGUCUGGGUCUUUGGUGGAGUGGAAAGGACCCCUGAACGUAAGUGCUUUCUUGUCGCUGUUGAAGAUAGAAAGAAGCCAACCUUGGAAGCCUUAAUCGAGGAGUUCAUUCUCCCUGGUUCCAUCAUUGUCAGCGACAAGUUCCCCUCAUACGAGGAUCUAGAGGGCAAGGAAGACUUUUGGUAUCAACAUGAGGUUGUCAACCACUCUCAGAACUACAAAGAUCCGAUCACAGGUGCCUGCACGAACACUAUUGAAGGCACCUGGAACGGUGUCAAGAAGCUUGUUCCGGCAAGAAAGAGGACACAAGAGGGCGUUAAGCCCUGUUUGUUCGAAUUCAUGUGGCGUAGGAUGCACAGUGGCCGUCUCUGGAGGGCCUUGUUGGAAGCCCUGGCCACUGUUCGUUAUGUGUAGAUUGAAGCCUG